AUGAAGACGCAGAACAUCAGGACCCUCUCCCUCAUCCUCUCUAUUAUUCUCUACUUGCUCAUAGGAGCCGCCGUCUUCGACGCGCUAGAGUCGGGAAGUGAGAGUUCAAAGAGAAGGGCGCUGGAGCAGAAGCUGAACGAGCUGAAGAAGAAGUACGGCUUCACCGAGGAUGGCUACAGGGAGGUGGAGAGAGUGGUCCUGCUGUCGGAGCCGCACCGAGCCGGGAGGCAGUGGAAGUUCGCCGGCUCUUUUUACUUUGCCAUCACUGUUAUCACCACGAUUGGUUAUGGCCACAUUACUCCUCGAACUGAUGCUGGCAAGGCCUUCUGUAUGUUUUACGCACUCCUGGGCAUUCCUCUGACACUGGUCAUGUUCCAGAGCGUGGGUGAGAGGAUCAAUACUUUCGUCCGCUACCUCCUGCGAAGAGCCAAGCAGGGCCUGGGCUUACGGAAGACGGAGGUAUCCAUGGGGAACAUGGUUCUGGUGGGUCUGCUGUCUUGCGUGAGCACUCUGUGUAUUGGAGCUGCGGCCUUCUCUCAUUUUGAGGACUGGACCUUCUUCAACGCCAUGGAGGGGGGCACCAGCUGUACUAACCUCCUCCCCUCUCCUGCAGAGGAUCGCAGACUCAUUAUAUCUGAACACAGAGAGCACUCAAAGAUCCCUGAACCCUGCAGACUCAGAGCCUUGUUCUCCUGUAUUUGCUGUGGCCUGGAUAUCUACAACAGCCCCCCUCCAUCUCACAGUGAUCAGGACCGUGGCCACAGCAAUCCCGUCUUCUACAACUCCAUCUCCUACAGGGUGGACCAGGCCUCGUGCAGCUCCUGCACCGCGUCGUCACAGGCCUCCCCCAGCAGCGUCACACUCUGCCUGGGCAAGAACAAUCCUCACACCAGGAGAAAGUCAUGCUAG